AUGGCAGCGAGAGCCCUCAACUCCAUGUACAGGCUGGCGGUGCCUGCGUCCGCCGUCGCCUUUGCUGUCUCGCAGUCACUAUUUGACGUGAGGGGCGGCACGCGCGCCGUCAUCUUUGACAGAGUUUCCGGUGUCAAGGAGGACGUCGUCAACGAGGGCACGCAUUUCCUCAUUCCCUGGCUGCAGCGAGCCGUCGUCUUUGACGUGCGCACCAAGCCCCGAAACAUUGCUACUACCACUGGUUCCAAGGAUUUGCAGAUGGUCAGCUUGACGCUGCGUGUUCUGCACCGCCCUGUGGUGAAGCAGCUUCCCAAGAUUUACCAGAGCCUCGGCGCCGACUACGACGAGCGUGUCCUCCCUUCAAUCGGCAACGAGGUCCUCAAGGCCAUUGUCGCGCAGUUUGACGCCGCCGAGCUCAUUACCCAGCGUGAGGCCGUGUCGUCGCGCAUCCGCGACGAGCUGACCCGCCGCGCCGCCGAGUUCAACAUUGCCCUCGAGGACGUCUCCAUCACGCACAUGACCUUUGGCCGCGAGUUCACAAAGGCCGUCGAGCAGAAGCAGAUUGCGCAGCAGGACGCCGAGCGCGCGCGCUUCAUCGUCGAGCGCGCCGAGCAGGAGCGCCAGGCCAACGUCAUCCGCGCCGAGGGCGAGGCCGAGUCCGCCGAGACAAUCUCCAGGGCCAUUGCCAAGAAUGGUGACGGCCUCGUCCAAAUUCGCAGGAUUGAGGCCGCACGUGACAUUGCCGCUACAUUGUCUGCCAACCCCAACGUCGCCUACCUGCCGGGUGGUGGCAAGAAUGGCGGCGGUAGCCAGUACCUGUUGUCUGUUGGCAGAGCUUAA